CUUGACAGCAGGACUGCUGUCCAGAGUAACGGUAGUCUGCUCGGAGCCAUCAAUUGUCUGGCUCAACUGACGUUUGUUUGAGUCCACCAGUGGUUAGUAACGGGGGUCCGCCCGUUGUUCAAGCUAGUGCUGUGACAGUUAGCUCGUUAGCAGUCUUUAAAUGGAGUUUCAAGUUAAAAGAUGAUCGCUUCACUCUCAAGAGGAAGUUUGCUGGAUGAGGUUCUUCAUGGGGGCUACAAUGAGCAGCAGCUGGCAGCAUAUGUUUCCUGGGUGAACUCUCAGCUGAAGAGGAAGCUGGGCCUACAGCCCAUUGGAGACCUUCGGCGUGAUCUGCAGGAUGGCGUUGUGCUUGUUCAACUCAUAGAGAUUGUUGCUGGUGAAGUUCUGCAGGGAGUCUACACACCUCCACUGAACAAAGAGGAAAGCAGAAAGAAUGUGGAGGAAGUCUUAAAGUUCAUUUCCUCUAGAAACAUACGCAUGCCACACAUAUCUGCAAAAGACAUCAUCGAUGGGAACCUGAAAUCCAUCAUGAGGAUUAUUCUGGCUCUGGCAGCCCAUUUCAAACCUUCAGCCAGUCAGAGGGCUGCGGCUGGAGGCGGGAGGAGCCUAACUAGAGGAAACACAACCCACAAUCCUCUCUCCACGGUUGCUUUGGCUCAAGGGGCUGCUGCUGCUCUGGCAUCUGCCCGCUUGGACGCCUCACUGCCAAUACGUUUUGCACGCAUCAACAGUGGCUGGAGGUUAGAUGGCGAAAGGAGCAUAUGUGUCCGUGCACUGGUCCAGCAGUAUGAAAGAGGAGUCACGGAUGAGCAGGAGAAUCCUCAUCUCAGCAGCCUCAGCUCCGUCACUCCACUGCCAUCACCAAGAAGUCAGCAGAGCAGCAACUCAGACCGACAGGCGCAUGACGGCCUGCAGCAGGAGCAGGAGCAGGAGAGCAGCGUGGAGCCAUCUGAUGCUGUAGUGCAGAUGGCACUGGAGGAUUCUCUGAGUGAAACCUUGGAGAAGGAGGUUCAAGAGACACGGAAGAUGGUGUCUUCCUUGCAGGCUCUGUUGCUGCAUGGCUCUCUCCCUGAGGAUGAACAGGAUGUGUCUUUGACGUUGGAGACAGUCAAUACUGAACAGCAGCUGAUAGUCGCUCGCAGCCGUUUGGAUCAGAGUAUGGAGGAGGUCACAGAGCUGAAGAGGGAGCUGUUGCUCUGUAAGCAGGAGAUCAGAAACCUGCAGGCAGUUAAGGAAGCCCAGCAGCAGAGGCUGUGCACUCAGGAAGCGUCUAUACUGCAGAUGAAGCAGGAACUUCUCCGAGCUAGCAUGACGAAAGACGAAAUCAACAACCACCACGCAGAGCUGAAGUGGAAGCUGGAGGAAUGCAACAGGCUGUGGGGUGAAUGCAAGCAGAACGACGUCGGCCAGAAGGACAGAUUACUCCAACAGUACAAACACAAACUAGAAGAAAGCCAAAAACUCCAGGCUGAAGCACAGAGAGAGUUGGAGCACAAAAACGACAUGCUACAGGAGCUAAUGAGUAGAAAUCUGCAAGAGAUUCCAGUCAGCACGGAAAACAAUGGAUAUUCUUACUCUGGAAACCCAACUCCUUCUGUGUCGGGUCAGGCAGAGGAGGUCCAGCUGCUCAGAGACGCGCUGAGGAGCCUGCGGAUCAACUUCAGAGACCACGACCCGCAGCACCAUACACUGGACACCCUGGAGCAGGGAAUAGUAUCACUCAUCGACAGACUGCAUGUUGUGCAUACUCACAGGGGCAGAGGGAAAUCACCGAGACGGAAAGGUCAGCACAUAGAUUUGGACUCAUGGGCCUCCUUCCAGAGUUGUCAGUCACAGAAUGGUUCUCCUUCUUCUACAAAAAUCCUUUACUUUACUGGAAAAUCCCCAACACCCUCCAUGAUCAAUAUUCCCAAGAGGCUGGGUGAAGUAACUCUGAAGGAUGUUAAGGCGGCUGUUGAUCGAGAGGGAAACUACAGGUACCACUUCAAGGCUCUGGACCCAGAGUUUGGCACUGUAAAAGAGGAGGUGUUCCUGGAUGGAGCAAUUGUUCCAGGCUGGGAGGGAAAAAUAGUGGCCUGGCUGGAAGAGGACCGCGGCGAUGAGAGACCUUUGUAGAUUCAAGCGGAGCAGCUACGAAUUAUGCACAGUGUUGGAGGCUGGACAAAUUAGCACAAUGCUGUCAGAACAUAGCAUUUUUUAGAUUAUUAAAUAUGAACUGAAUAUCUCUGCAGUCUGUACAAAUAUCUGACAACAAGGAUAUUAUAAGACUCUGUGCCUUACAAAGGAAAGCUGAUUUUAUCAUGUUCCUAAUGCUGCCACACUAUAACUGCUGUAGAAAAAUAGUCGAGAACAUUAUUUUUGGACUAAGUGGAUUAGAAACUACUGUACUGAGGCUUGCAUGGAGAAUUAGAGGAAAAACAAAUAUUGUUCAUAGUUAUUUCUGAAACUACAUUAGUUCUUGUUUAAAGAAUAUAAAAUUAGAAACUGAUUAGAAACAAUGUCUUUUGCUACUGCUUGGAAGACGGAAUAGAUAGGAUGAGACAAAAAAUGUACAGGAAUUUGCCUUUUUUUUAUUUUUGUAGGACAAAACAUUUUGUCCUACAGUUGCAGUUUUGCAUGCCACCUAGCGGUAGUAGGAAGCAUUUGCAGAGAACAGUUACAGUCGUAUAAAAAAAAAAGCCUUAAAGUAUCUGAACUCAUUGUCAUUGGAAGAACACAUGUAUGCGCCCAUGUAGAGAUUUAGACAAAAAGGCCUCUACCCACACCUAACUCCAUUUUUUGUAAUUGUAGACUAUACCUCUUAAUAUUUUGAAUAAGAUCAUAUUUAUGUUGAUGGUUUAUUUGUCUAGAGAUUUUUAAAUAAAACAGCCUUUUUAAAUGUCAGAUUUUAAUGUUAGUUCCAAGCAAAAUUUAGUUCUUUCAUAAUUAACCAUCCCAUUAUUUAUGCUGUUUAUUUCUCAGUAUGGAGGUUUGCAUAUUUAUGGAAAAUUUUGACUGAUCUCUCACUAACAAGCCAACUGAAACAAGUCUGUUUUGUGAUCACAUGUAUUUAAAUGCCAUGACUGCAUGUACAGUAAAAAUUGUACAAUUUUCUGGUGAGAUGGUAUUUUCCCAUUUGUGGUGUUUGUUGAGAUUUUUUUUUUGUGCAAAGUAUGGAUAUUUGCAUGUUUGGGGAGGAAAAGCCUUUGAAUGUUUCACAUUUUGAAAUAAAAUUUUUGUAUGCCGCUUUUUAAUGUA